CGACACACGUUGCACUUACGCGCCUGACAUGACCCGACAACGGUGAACUAACAAAUUGACAUUUUAGUUUUUUAAUCUGCGACGAGUUUAUUUUUUUUAAAGUGAAGUGCAGUGCCGCCGACAGGAUUGUGCGGUUUCGGAUUUAAUUGAAAAAGAAGUCGUCUAAGAAGGUCUUGUUACGCGUUACGAUCGCCAGUCCGAACACAUGACUCCAUAAUCCGCACGAAACAAACGAUACCGUAAUCAGACAAGAUGGUGGACACGCAGCACUUCUGUCUGCGCUGGAACAACUACCAGAGCAGCAUCACCAGCGCCUUCGAGAACCUCAGGGAUGACGAAGAUUUCGUCGACGUCACCCUCGCCUGCGACGGCAGAAGCCUCAAAGCUCAUAGAGUCGUACUCUCCGCCUGCAGCCCCUACUUCAGGGAGCUUUUAAAGUCGACGCCAUGCAAGCACCCAGUGAUCGUGCUCCAAGACGUGGCCUUCACGGACUUGAACGCGCUCGUCGAGUUCAUCUACCACGGCGAGGUGAACGUGCACCAGCGCAGUCUCUCCUCCUUCCUCAAGACCGCUGAGGUACUGCGCGUCUCCGGACUCACACAGACUGACGACUCGCAAGGGCCGCUCCUCCAGAACUUAACGCGAGCUGCGGCCGCGGCGGCAGCCUCCCCGCGCACGCCGCCGCACCCCGUGCAUACUCCGCACACGCCCCACACCCCGCACACCCCCGGCUACACCGACAAGCUGGAGGAGGCUCUGCUAUCGCACCCGCCUGCAGCCGCGCAAGCCCUGCUGCGCCGCGCCCCUCCGCCGCCGCGCCGCCUCAGCCGCUCCGCCGACAACUCGCCCGAUGUAAUCAAGCGCAUACGCCACGACAACAACAACGACCAGCCACAGAUACACGCCGCCGACUUCUCCACCAAAAACCACUCGAUGGUGAACAAUACGCGCGCCCACGACCAGGGCAAUGGGAACGGCAUCUCUAACUCCUCCUCUUCGCCAUCCCCGCGUCUCGAGGACGUCAAGCAUGAGCCCAUUGACAUGAUUUGCGCCUCCAAUGCGGACCUCGACCGCAGCGCAGACGACACGCCGCCGCACUCGCACCAUCGGUCCAUGGGCGGGCCGCCGUCGCGCGGCAGCUCUGCGGAGGCAGACGACCGUACUCCGCCGCCGCAGCUGCCACCCUCGCCGUUCAUCCCGCCAGCGGACACCAAGCUCUUCGCCCCAUCUAACACUUACAACUUCAGCAUGGCGGCUCUCACUGAGCAUUCAUCUUUGGCGGGUCUGCCGAGCCCGCUGGCGCCCGACGGCAUGGCCAGCACCUCGCAAGUGGGCCCCCUGGGCGCGGGGCACCGCUGCGAGGUGUGCGGCAAGCUGCUCUCCACGCGGCUCACGCUCAAGCGGCACACGGAGCAGCAGCACCUGCAGCCGCUGCACUCGGCGCGCUGCAGCCUCUGCCACAAGGUCUUCCGCACGCUCAACUCCCUCAACAACCAUAAGAGCAUCUACCACCGCCGCCAGCGCGCGCUGCCCGCCCUGCCCGCCCUGCCCGCGCUGCCUGCGCAGACGCAGCCGCAGAACCUCACCACGCAGGACCCCAAGCUCGCCCACAAUAUCGACUUCUACAAGUUCAAAGACCACUUCAACGUCUAAUCUCAAACCAUGCAACUUAAAGCAAUAUCAUUUUUAAUUCUUGUCUUCUUUUUAACGUUAGAUCAUUUUAAUAUAUCUUAGACGAUUUAUAUUUUUAACUAUAUCGAGGAUGUGUUGUAGAAAUUGCCUAUUGAUUCUAUUUACAAUAUAUGUUUAAUCUUUGAACUGUAGGAGUGGGUGUUGUCCGCUCGGCCGACGCCCGCGCAGGCGGCCAGCGGCGCGGUGACAUACGUGACAUCACAAUUAGCUAUAUGACAUUCCAAGCGACGAAAGGGAGAGUGGAGUUUGACGAUUUAAUGUUUGAAUUUUUUGAGAAUUGUUAUCAAAUGGUGCCACUUGCACGUCCGCGAGGUGCAAUACUGCGGUAUGUGGGAUAUUCCUGAUUUUUACACUAUGUUAAUGUGUGACAAUAAGGCGAAGAGAAAUAAUAAUAUUUUGAGAAAAGAGAAAAAUCUUGGUGCUGUAAAUUUAUAUAUUAGGCUUAAAUUUAUAAAAAAAAAGAGAAACAGUGUUCGUUAUAAGAAACAAAAGAGGCAUAUAAUUUGUAACAUUGUGUUCAUUUUCGGCGUUUCGCAAGUUUAUUUAUUCUGUAUUUUACCUUCUUGAUCUCACACUUAGAUAUUUAUACGAGAUUACUAAAAAAAAUCUAUUUAAAGUUAAUAAAAAAUUAUAUACACAGAUAUAUAAUUGGCUAAUGAGGCUUUCAAAUUUAUAUUUUAUUUAGGUGUUUUCUUUUUGUUCAUUGAUUAAGACUGAAACAAUCGGAAAAAAUAGCACCAAUAGAAAAGUUUCUUUGUAAAUGACCCGCGGGCCAUGUCACUCAACACACACAAACACAUACAACACAACACACAUGCAAUACAACCAAUACAAGUACCAGUACCGAAGUAGACCGAAAGUAAAAAUCCACCGAACAAACACAUACCACAGAACAAUAUAGUAGAUUUCGCUUUUUUUUUUCAAAGUCGACGCUAUUUCAUUUUAUGGCUUGUCUUUCUAGUCGACUAUAUUUUGUCACUUGCUAUCUUUUUUUUACUUUUUUGUUAUAUUUGAUGCACAGACGAAGGAUUACUUAGCAAAGUGAAUCGCAAAGUGCCAUUUAAGCAAAUGAUUUAUGGCUAUUUUAUUAUAUAUGUUUUUAUUUUAUUUAGUGAAGAUGUUUAGUUUCAAACGUAAGUUUUAACGCACUCUUGUGUUCGUUUCUAAUAUUUUUUUUAUUAUUUUUUACUCGUUGACAUUUCUUUUUACGUUUCUUUAUUUAAAUUAUUUAAUCUGUACUCUUUUUGAACGGUUUUUUUUACGUUACAAAGUUGCUAUUUCGUUUUUAAAAUUGUAAGUAAAUGACGCGCUAAUGAUAAAAUAAUUACAUUGUAGGUAACUAUUAAAUUGUAAUAACUGUCAGUGUUAAAUGUUCCUAAAUUUGAACAGUGAAUAAUUUUCCUUUACGACGUCUCGCUUGCCAUACAUAGUGUUUAUUAAUACCUUUACUAUUGCAAACGAGCAUUUAUAUACUAGUCUAGAUUCAGAAAGCUCACGUAAUUACAUAGAUUAUAAAUAAUAAUUACUAUAAUAUUUUCCAUUCGAUGUACAUCGCUUUUCUCGUCUGCGCCGUUACAUAGUCUUUGUGUUAGGAAACCUGUACAGCUAAUACCUUCAGUUUCUGAACGAUAGUGCUUGUAGUAAGUCAGUCUCCUAUCUCUUCUGGAUCUAGACUUUCGCGUUAAUGUUAAUCCAUAUGUAGAUUUGGUUAUAUACAAUACAUUAUAUAUGUUUUCGUUACACAACUAUACUCUACAAUUAUAGUUCAAUUAAUACAUCACUAUAUCUAUGUCGACUCGUAUUGUCGGUAACUAUUGUUAUUUUUCCCUUUUUUCAUAGCAAUAAGAAAUUUUUAAUCUAAGUGUAAAUGUAAAACAUAAUUUAUUGUAACGAUAUACAAUUUAAGUAAUUAUUAGUGCCUGCUUUACAUAAUUAUGAUUGUGUUUUUAUGGAAAAAGACAUAUUUUGCGUAAUCUUCUAAAAAAGUUAGGAGUAGUGUUCAACACUUUGCCUAGAAGGUAACGGAUCAAUGCUGAUAUACUUUUAAUGAGAGGCUUCCUAAAAUAAAAUUUAAUGCUAUUAUGUUAUAAGGUUUACGUUGUUAUUACUAGAUGCAUAAACGCUUAGCCAUUACUCUUUGUUUAGUUAUUUGAUAAGCUUUAUUAUUAUUCGUUUAAAUGAUUGGAAAGACUAGUGUUUUGGUGCUAAAACGGAACGUCGUUCGUCUUAGAAAAAUUGUUAAGCUAAAAUGGUAUAAAAAAAUUCGUAAAAGGAAUCAAAAUUUGUUUUUAAAUUUUUCGCAACAUUCCGUGCUUCGAGAGAAUGUUAAGUUUUUUUUGCAACAAAUUGCAAAUAUUGUAAGACGUAGUAAUUGUUGUUUUAUUUUACGUAAUAUAGAUGAUAGUUUUUACUGUUAAUUUGGGUUUGGGAAUUAAGUUAGUUGACUACUUAGAUGUAAGUUUUAUCUGAAUUCAUAGAUGUUAGUUCAUCUACGUUACUUUACAAUUACAGGGAUGUGCUGCUGAGAGUGGCAGUACGGUAAUUAUUUGGCUAAUUUCUUUCUAGCUAAAAGAUCUUAUGAUAUUAAAUUAUUUGUUUUUUGUUGAUCAAAAAUGAUUUUGCCAAAAGUAAUAAACGCUAUAGACUGAUUAGACUAAGUCCCGUUUGAAUUGUACACUAUUAGGCGUAUUCUCUAGAUUAAAAUUGUACAAUUAUUUACUAAAUUAACUAGUGAUUUUAUAUGGAAAAAAAAGUCACCAAGUCGGAAGCGUAUUUCGGUAUUUUAUCAAAAUUUCUGUUGUGAUUUUUGGAUCUUAAAAAUUUUAUUUAUAUCGUAGCUGCUAAGUUUAACGGGAUCUCAGGGGACCUUUUGGUCCUCGUGGGUUUUAAAGGGCGAUAACUACACCGUGUUCUAGGAAGCAGAACACAUCCCUGUUGAAACUACAUUAGUUAGGAUCUUAGCAAGUUUAAGACUGUUUCUGUGACCUGUUUAAGUUUUUUUUUUAUCUUUCUAACGUGUCAUGUACGCGUUCGGCGCACGUGUGUGUGCCACGCGCAAUGUUCGAUGUGUUCUUAUACUUCUUGUUGGCUAUUUUACCUAUUUUAUAAGGAAUCUAAAUUAAUUUAUUGGUUGUUGUAUUGAAAUUUUAUUUUUUUUUCUUCUUAAAUUAUUAUACUAUACUAUCCUUCGAUUUGUUUUUGUUGAUAAUUGGCACUUAUAAAUGUAAUGCAGUCCAUUACAAUACUUGUUCUCGAUGUGCCUAAAUUUAUUAUAUGUUUUUGUCUUCCAUUUGUCGCGAUUUAACUCAUUGGAACUAUGAAAUGUAUGUUUGUAACCAUUUCAUUUAUUAACAUUAUAUAUAAUCUGUCAUCUGUCAUCGGCGACCUAUAAUGGGCUGCACAUAAACUAUGUUUACAUCCUCCUACAUAUGUAUACCUAAAUAGUUCUUUCCCCCUUUAUAAUUUAAAAGUAAAUACUUGACGUAACUACUCAUAAAAUGUAAUUGUAAUCGUUAAACGGAACUUCAUAAAUCCUAAUAUUGAUGAUAAUGGCGUUUUUAAUAAAAACAAAUAUACAAU